AUUUACAAACUCAUAGACAACGCCGCGGCGUCAGGAUUUUCUCGACUGCUCAGUGUUGAAUCAGCUUUCAAGCUGUAAAAGUGUCAGUUAUUUAAUCCCUUAAAUAUUUUUAUAAUUACUUGUUAACCCCAUCAAGUAUUUUAAAAUAAAAAAUAACAAUCGAAAUAUUAAAUUAACAAUAAAUAACAAUUAAAACAAAUUAAUUUCUCUUCAAUUUUUAUUUUUUUUUAUUUUUCAUCAAUUCCGCCAUUUUAUUGUUUAUAAAAAUAUAAUAAACAAGCUAUUUAUCUAUUAAACAGUGUGUUUAAACAAUCAGUGAAUAAAGACAAAAAAUUAACAACAAUAUAUUGUUGUUUAAAUAUUUUUUAAAGCUUCCAUUAAAUUUCUAUUUUUUUUUUUUUGUGAGUAAAAAUUUGUUUAUCAUUUGUGAGCAUUGUGUUUUGUUAUUAUUUAUAAGCUUUUUUUUUUAUCAUUUAUGUGUUAAUUGGCAAAGUGAUUUUGUUAUAAUAUUAUUGUGAAAUAAUUAUGAUAAUUAUUUGAGUCAUUUAUUAAAAAUAAAUAGGUAUGCAAAAAUAAUUUAUCAAAAAGACAAUUUAAAAAGACAUUCAGCAUCCAAGAAAAUAACACGACAAGGCAAUGAUACUUAACAAUAAUAAUUUAAAAAUAUAUACAACAAUUAAACCUGGUUUAUUAUUUCGUAUUUACCUGUGAUAUAAAAACAUAGGCCGGAUAAAUUUAUAUAUAUAUAUUUUUUUCUCAUUUUAAAUUAAAUAAAUAGAGAUUUUUUUUUGAUUUGUUUUUUAUAAUUGCAAAGUGUGUUUAAGUAAAUUGAAAAAAUUUACUGGAUAAUUAUAAUGAUACAAUGAAAACAAGUGAAAUGAAAAAAAUUAACAAGGAAAAUAUACGCAGAAAGGAUAUGUCUUCUAUGAUGGGUCAAGGAUUCAGAAAUAUGAGUAAAAAAAAUAUCGCCAUGGAUACAUCAAAAACGAUACUUAUGAGCAGCCGGAUACAGAAUGAGAUGCCCUCAGUCAUUAACCAGACAAUGAAGAAGCCAAGUUGUAGAGGUGUUUUAAUGCUGUUGAUAAGUAUUAGCCUGUUAACGACAGUUGAAUCAGGUCUGUGUCCAACAGAUUGUACAUGUGAUGAUGAUACUCUGGUUGUGUCAUGUGUUGGUGUUAAUUUAAAUGUUAUUCCAAUAGCAUUAAAUCCAUCAACUCAACGUUUAGUAUUAAAAGACAGUCGUAUUAGAAUGGUUGAUGCUGCUGCAUUUCAAUUUUAUGGUGAUUUAAAAAAUGUUGAUUUAUCAAGUAAUCAUUUAGUAACAAUACCAGAUAAUAGUUUUGCUGCACAAAAAGCAUUAGUUGAAUUACAUUUAAAAAAUAAUAAAAUAUCAGCAUUAACAACAAAAACAUUUACUGGUUUAAUAUCAUUAACAGUAUUAAAUUUACAUAAAAAUUAUUUAGAAAAAUUAACAAAUGGUUUAUUUACAUCAUUAACUAAACUUGAAGAAUUAGAUUUAGGACAAAAUCAAAUACGUAUUGUUGAACCAGGUGCAUUUCAAAAAUUAGGUGCAUUAAGAAUAUUAUAUUUAGAUGAUAAUCAACUUGGUUUUAUUCCAUCACCAGCAUUAUCACCAUUAAAUGCACUUGCUGAACUUCAUAUUGGACUUAAUUCAUUUUCAUCAUUAAUUGAUGAUAGUUUUAAAGGUCUUGAACGUCUUGCUGUACUUGAUAUUAUGGAUGCUGGUCUUGAUAAUAUUAGUGAUUAUUCAUUUAGAGGUUUGUUAUCAUUAAGAACACUAAAAUUAAGUGGUAAUAAAUUACGUGAAGUACCAACUAAACAAUUAUCAUUAUUAUCAAGAUUAGAAGAAUUAACACUUGGACAAAAUUCAUUUACAAUAUUAAGAUCUGGUGCAUUUCAAGGUUUAACAAAUUUAAAAAAUAUUGAUAUUACUGGAGCAAAAUUAUUAACAACAAUUGAACAUGGUACAUUUAAUGAUAAUGCAAAUUUAGAAAGUCUUGUAUUUAAAAAUAAUAAAAAAUUAAUAACCAUUGAAGAUGGUGCAUUAGUUGGUUUAUCAAAUCUUCGUCAUUUAAUAUUACGUGAUAAUGCAUUUACAACAUUUUCUGAAACAUUAGUUGCAUGGAAUGAUUUACGACGUCUUGAUUUAAGUGAAAAUCCUUUAAUAUGUGAUUGUAAUUUAUUAUGGUUAUCAUCUGUAUUAAUACCAACAAAUUCAAGUCCAGUAAUAUGUUAUGAACCACAUGAAUUACGUGGUAAACAAUUAAAAGGUAUGGAACCAGAUAUUCUUGGUUGUCCAUUUUCUGAUCCUAAAAAACAAGCAUUAUUAUUAACAAUUAUUAUUAUAAGUAUUAUAUUUUUAAUUGGUAUAUCAAUAAUAUUAUAUUUUAAAUGUCGUCAACGUGUACGUGAUGCAUUUAAAGAUUAUAAAUGGAAAAAUCGUGCAAUAUCACGUAAAGAGCAUGAAUAUCAAAAAACAUUUUCUGAUGAUGAAUAUAUUGUUAGAGCAGCACAUGGACAUCAUCAUCAUCAUCAUCAUGGACAUAAUCAACAACAACAACAACAACAAUUACAUCAAAAUCAUUUACAAUUACAUCAUAAUCAUUUACAAUCACAACCACAAUAUCAUCAUUAUCAUCAACAACAACAACAACAACAAUAUCAUCAACAAGUUACAUCUGGAAUAAAGCCAAUACCAGUAACGGAACUGUAGCUAGAACUUCGGGCAGCGAGCCCUGGUAAUGGUGGUGUUUGGUUUUUACCUCAUGGAGGUACAACACCAGCUGAGGGUUUCACAUAUAUUGAUGGAGAAACAGCUCGACAAAUGCGUCGACCUGGUACGCUGCCCACAUUAAAUCAGCGUAAUAAUAAUACAAAUAUUAAUAAUAGUAAUAAUAAUAUAAAUAAUAUAAAUAAUAAUGGUAUUUUUAUGUCUAGCCAAUCAAAUGAUAUAUCUGAUAUAAGUAAAAAUGUUCAUAAUAUUAAUACAAUGUCAAGAAAUAAUAAUAAUAAUAAUGUUAAUAUUAAUAAUAAUUAUAAUAAUCAUCAUUCCAGUCAUUCAUUAAAAAGAUUAAAUAAUAAUAAUCAAAAAUCUACACUACCAUCAUCAUCAUCAUUACGUGAAUCAUUAAAUAAUAGUGGUGGUGGUGGUACAAUGAGAGAAGUAUCAGUUAGAAUACAAAAUGAUGAUUAUAAUGAUGAACGUAUUUAUGAACAAAUUUUAAGUACAAGACAUCAUUCACCACCAUGUCCACAAAGUUCAUAUCCAACAUUACCAAUUAAUAAUAAUAUAUCACAUAAUUAUAAUCAUUAUAGAGAUAAUGAAAUAUCAAGAGAACGUGGAUUUAUUAUUAAUAGAGACAGAGAACUUCCUAUUGUACCACAUAGAAAUGACAAACACUUGAGGGAAUCAAGAAAUCCUCUUGAGCUUGAAAUUCAUGGUGAUGGUAGUGGUAUUGGCACGUAUCAAGCAUAAAUAAAAAUUAUUUAAAUAAUUUAUCAUUAUUAUUAUUAUUAUUAUCUUGAAAUUUAUUAUCUUUUUUAUUUCAAAUGCUCUUAAUCUUUCUUGAGCGUUUUUAUUUUAUCAUCUUUAAAAAAAAUUGCGCAAAAAUAUGAAAUUUAAAAAAAAAAAAAAAAA